GAAGAAGAGGAAGAACAUUCAGUAAUCAUGAAUCUAGGUGGAUCUAUUCGGGUCAAUAAAUUUGGUGUUUUCAUCAUUGCGCUAAUUUUAUUAGUUUUUGUUUAUUAUUUAUCAACCGGAAAAUCUCGGAACUCAGGAUACAUAUUGAACAAGAACCCCAAUGAAGUAAAUUUGCGCAAGUUGCUGAUCGGAUCGAUACAAGCAGCCCAGCGAGGUGGCAUUGAAGUGGUUGAAGUGUCCAAAAGUGAAGAUUUCAAGAUUCAGAGCAAAGGAAAAACCAAGGAAGGUGCCAAAGAUCCGGUCACGGAGGCCGAUUUCCGCUCCCACUGUGUGAUGACGCAGGGUUUGCAUCGAAUAUUUCCAAAGUUGAAUAUCGUUUCAGAGGAGGAUAAAGGCAAACAAACUUGCUCGGACACCAAACCAUUCGAUUUGGAUCCUACUGUCAUACAUGAAAAUUCUAUCGUCCCCGAUGAAGUUAUCUCAAUAGAAGAUGUUGUUGUGUGGAUUGACCCUCUGGAUGCAACACAGGAAUACACGGAAACCCUAUUCCAAUAUGUUACAACAAUGGUUUGCGUGGCAAUCAAAGGCGUUCCAGUCAUUGGAGUUAUUCACAAUCCGUUCAACAAGAAAACGGUUUGGGCCUGGGUUGGCAAGGCAGUAUCAGAACCGUUGAAUGAUUUGAAAAAGGAUGAAGAUGUAAAACACCCCGUUGUUAUUGUAUCCCGUUCGCAUAGCGGUCAGGUGAAAAGCAUUGCCAAGGAAGUGUUUGGAGAGAACUCGUACAUCAUUCCAGCAGGAGGGGCAGGUUACAAGGUGCUCCAGGUACUCCACAACAAUGCCACAGCAUACAUUCAUUCAACAGCCAUAAAAAAAUGGGAUAUUUGCGCUGGGAAUGCGAUCCUCAAUGCCGUGGGAGGUAGGAUGACAGACCUGAAGAAUCAGGAAAUAACAUACAACGAUCGGGACGCGUUCGUGAAUGACAACGGAUUGCUUGCGGCUGCUGCCAACGUCGUGCAUGAAUUGUACAUUCGAAAAAUAAUCGAUCAACACGUUUUCUCGAACUGAGCUACAGCAAAAAUCGUCGACUGAGUACUACUCAGACCUUCCAUCGAUUUGGGAGCAUUUUUGUAAAUAACUCGAAUAUGCGUGUUGUAACAAUUGUAAUGAAAGCAUAGAUCUUUGGUAUUGGGAUUGGGCCUGCUAAAAAGAAUAAAGCUUGCUCUUUACUCUUACACAGAUUUCCAUAAGAAUGACAGCUAAUCGGAGUGAAAUUGGAGUGAAGGCUAUUGCUUUCUCUGUUUAACACACGAGAAAUCGUAUACCGGGAUUGCAAGCGCGCCCAUCGCCCAUAGUCUAUAGUAAUGAUUUGUGAUCAAGUUCCUCUCGUUAACUUCAAAGAAAAAAAAAAAAGUUUUUUGUUUCAAACUAGAAUUGUUUUUUUAGUUAAAAUGAAAACUAAUAAACCGAUAGACAUAGGUUACACAAAGGCUACGUUAUUCAAAUAUCACAAAAAAGUACAAGCCAAGCAUCGUCAAAUAAGUAAUGCAUAAAGCGGGCCACAGACUACACAACAUUUGUACAAAUGCGAUGGAAUUUGGUGAAAUUUUGUCGCUGUAAACACGAUUUGCAUAGUGUAUGGCACUGUUUGAAUGAGCCCCCAAACGGUGGGAGUAAAAUCGGUCGGGAUCGAAAUAUUUUGUACAAACC